AUGUCGGACGACGAAGCCGAUCCCGAGCUCUUGGAGCUUCUCCGACAAUCCUUAGGCCUGGGCAAGAAGGGCGCUUCCGACGUGCAAGACACUAAAGUACUGCAAAAUGCUCGAUACAUCUUUGAUAAUGCCAUCGAUGUUGCCCUGGAACCUAGACAGACCAAAUUAGCUGCUGAGACGAUUUGGCAGCAAUUACAGAAGAAAAAUUACUCUACUUCAACAUGGACUGAGCAUGAACUGCAUCCCAAGACCAAGGACGAGAGUACAGUGGAUUUUAUCUUCACUAUGGAUCUUCUGAAUUUCAGCUUCUGGUCUGAGCAGACGGACGAAAGUAAGCGGUUUGCCAUUGAGUAUCGUGGUAGGAAAUGGACUGGUUAUUGGAGUUUGGUUGCUGCUCUGCAGAGGGCAUUAGAUGAAGGCAUUCCCAUUACAAGUCCCGAUUUCUGGCUGGACGAGGAUGAGUUUAACGAAGAUUUAUUAAAACAUGUUUUCCGCUCCGCAACAGAGGAAGAGAUACCUCUGUUGGAAGAGCGAUUCGACUGUCUGCGCGAAGCUGGGCAGGUCUUGGACGAAAAGUUCGAUGGCAGUUUUGUCAACUGCAUCUAUGAUGCUAAUCAAUCGGCACCUGGUCUUGUUAAUCUCCUGGCUAAUAACUUUCCAUGCUUUCGUGACGAGUCGUCCUUUGAUGGACGCACGGUGCGAUUCUAUAAGCGCGCUCAAAUCUUAGUUGCCGAUCUAUGGGCCUGCUUUGACGGUCAGUCGUAUGGCGAUUUCAAUGAUAUUGAGAAAAUUACAAUGUUUGCCGACUACCGCAUCCCCCAAAUGCUCUAUCAGCUCGGAUGUCUUCUUUACUCUCCACCAUUAGAGAGCCAUAUCCGUCGCCUGCAGCCCAUCAAGCCAGGUUCAAAAUGGGAACUAGAGCUCCGCGGUGCUAGCAUUUGGUGCGUCGAACUCAUCAAACAGGAAAUAGAGCGUCGCCAUCCGGAAUCGAAGACAGCGUACUCUACAGAACAGUCUUCAAUCUAUGGCACUAAUCUCGAUGAUAAAGACGACGUCGCAGAUAUUGAGACAGAGGAACAGUCAAAAGAACAAGAAGGAGCAAGAGAAGAAGAAAAAGAAAAAGAUAGAAACGGAGACGGGACGGCAUCACAACCAGAGUUGAAGAAGGCAGCAACACGCAAAGUCUUCGGUAUAAACGCUAUUUUAAUCGACUUUUUCCUCUACGAUACGAUGAAAGAAUUAGAGUGUGAUGGUUGUGAAACUAUUCCCCAUCAUCGGACUAGGAGCAUCUGGUAUUAG